CACCUGUGCAUCAGCCCGUCAGACCGACAAUAUGAGCUUUACGUUCAAGUCAGCAUUCCAGUCCAGCUUCCAGACCAUCUCUGGCUUCAGCGUCCCUUAUGUGAGUCGUAUCUCUGGAGGACUGAAAGCUGGGAAAGCCAUCUUCAUUCAGGGCUCUGUUCCCUCUGGAUGUGAGAGCUUUGUGGUGAAUCUGAAGUGUGGGGAAUCUAAAGGAAAUGACAUCGCCUUUCAAAUUAGAACCCAGUUCAGCAGCAACUACAUGGUCCUAAACAGCCGCCAACAUGGGGCAUGGGGAAAAAAGGAGAAACUGGAAUUACCUUUAAAACAGGGCAGCAGCUUUGAUCUGAUCAUUGCCGUAAAUUCUGAAAAUUAUCAGGUGUGUUUUGAUGUUUUGUCCUGUUCAUUGAGUGCAUCGUGUGAAGGCAAAAAGAUCAGAAAAGAUAUCUAA